CCAUCUGCGGAGGGGAACGGGAACGGGAUGAGCAGCCUGUACAAGCGGCAGAGUGGUGGAGCUAUUUUAGGACCCCCUGGAGCUCCUGGUGCUCCGGGUCCCAAAGGAGACGAGGGAUCUGCAGGCGAACCAGGAGCCAUGGGUUUACCGGGGCUUGAAGGGCUGCCCGGCGCCAAGGGAGACAUUGGCUUGUCUGGCCCGUCUGGAAUACCAGGUCCUCAAGGGAAGCCCGGCACUCGUGGAGAGUCAGGAAUCCCUGGAGAGCCGGGCGAAAGAGGGCCAAUUGGAGAGACAGGAUUCCCUGGACCAGAGGGGCCCCAAGGUGUUCUUGGCAGACCUGGAAAAGAUGGAACUCCCGGAUUCAAGGGUGUCACAGGUAAUCCUGGCGAUAGAGGAUCCAAAGGAGAACGCGGUGAUCCAGGGAUUCCCGGAGAACGAGGUCUUCAAGGAGAGAGGGGUCGCAUGGGAGAUCCUGGCUCAGUAGGACCAAGCGGGCCCCAAGGCGGAAAAGGCGAUCCCGGCCCCCCAGGACAGCUGGAGAGAAUGAAGCUUCUGGACGAUCCCAGCUUCGCAGAAGAGCUUAGAACAUUCAUCCAGAAUGAAGUUAUACGGGUUUUUCAAGAGAAAAUAUCAAGCAGUGCCAUGCUGCAGAAGACACCUGCUGGAAUCUUGGCUUCUCAGGUCCAAGGGCCUCCAGGACCCCCUGGCCAGGACGGACUGCCAGGCUCACCAGGAGAGCCUGGGCCCCCCGGUUCUCAAGGUUACAGGGGCCAGAAAGGAGAACGUGGUCAACUUGGGCUGGGGUUACCAGGAGACCCAGGACUACCGGGCCCCCCUGGCUUUACGUCUCCUGGCUCUCCUGGUUCCCCGGGACCCCGUGGACCUCCUGGGACAUGUGACCCCUCCGACUGUCUUCCUCCGUCCUCGUAAACCAAGCAAAGUGUGGUGUGAGCUAAGGCGAGGACAGCCACCCGGUGCUGAACUCUGCGAUGCCGUCGCAGAGCAGGAAAACACAACCUCAUUGUUUCCGACAGCUUCCUCAACUCUGCUCUAUCAGGCAGACUCAUAACCGACCUCUGCUGUUCACUUCACAACAACAUUUGGGUGCCGUUGGGGUUUUGUUUUUCUGGGAUUGCUGUUCUGUUUUGCUUUGUUUUGAACGCAGCUGAAAACCUUUUGCAAUGUUGUACUUUGAUGGCAGUACUUGUUCUCACAACCCCUACUGUGAUGCAAUGCAUUCCUUGUCGACUCUCAACGUGUCUUUCAAGACCAUGAAAUGACUUUGUUUUGUCAACUUCAGACCUGACUGAAAACAAUCUUAAUUAUUUGUUUGCCUCUUUAAUGGGCAUGUCUAUGCACUCUUCUGUUCUCAUUCAGAUAAGCGAUUGUGCAGGCAGAAGGUAAAUGUUUCUCUUUGUGUGUGUGUGUGUGUGUGUGUGUGUGUGUGUGUGUGUGUGUGUGUGUGUGUGUGUGUGUGUGUGUG